AUACAUACAUACAUAUAUAUAUACACACACACACACACACAUAUAUUAUGUAAGAGUCUUUUUCUCACCUAAGCUGAGUUUGCUAAUAAAAUCUUCUCAAAAUGAAUACAAUACUUUCGUUUUGAUUCAAUUUACAGAAGAAGAGGCCAGCCGCUGUUCAAGAAGGGAAGAAGGAAAACAAAAUGAAAAGACGUGUUUUCGCCCUACCUGCUUGCAGACGAAGAGCAGAGAACGUUAGCUUUCUUCUCAUCGCUCCAGAAGACCUUCUCAAGGGCCGUUCCUUGGAGUAAACGGCCUGUUCGUGGCUAAACAAAAGAUUUUGCAAUUCUUUUUUUUUUUUAAAUUCCCACCUCUUUGGACCCCUUGUGGUCUGCCAAAAUGAUGGUCCCUCUGAACAAGAGCCUGAAAAUGUUCACCCUUGCCUUACUGUUCAUCAUCACCAUCACAUCCUUCCUACUCAACUACACCAACAACGUGGUGUCUACUUCUUGGGAUCCCAAGCAAAUCGCGUACCAGUUCUCGGAGCGGGUUAGAAAACUGCUGAAAUAUUCCCGGCGGCCCUGCAGUUGUGACACCUGCAUUUUGGAAGAGAGCUCAGCCUGGUUCGAAGAAAGGUUCAACAUAACUAUUCAACCCUUCUUAACCAACCAAAAUGCCUUCCUGUCCCAGGAUAACUACAACUGGUGGCUGAGGUGGAUCUCUACGGCUUUGGGGCAGACAGUAAAGGCAACUGGCACCACUAUUGGGAGAACAAUCCUUCUGCGGGAGCCUUUCGUCAAACCGGCGUCCAUGAUGGGGACUUUGAAGCCAACGUGACGCAUAUCCUUGCCUCCGCGGCCAAAGUACGUCUCUUCAAGGGCAGAUGACCCUGGCUGUCGAACAAGCGGUGAUCUCUUGACGAGAAGGAAAGGCAAAUGUUUUCAAAUAAAUGGAGUCUCGGAGUGGGCGGUCUGUCAGGUCCCAGCCGAGAAAGCUUCGGAGAACUGCAAGCUGCAAUUAGCAGGCAGCUUUUGAAAGGCCCCCUCAAAUACGGCUUCGGAGUUUUGACAGCGUAGGGGAAAAAAACGCCCAAUUUGGAAAGGAAUGUCCUUAUUCGAGACUCUCCUCUUUGUAACCAAUGUUUUGAUUCCUUUUCCGUUCGUCAGGAUGACUCGGUUUUCAGUGUCUACAAAAAAAAAAGAAAGCAGGGGAGGCAGAAGAGAUCAGGGAUUUGCAAACACCCUCUUGAUUUCAAAAUUACCUCAGAAAAAAGCUUUAUUCCAAUCACGGUCUUUUCUUUUGAAGGAUCCUGACAAGGCCAAAAACAACCCUCUCUGGUUCUUCCUGCGGGAUGUGGGGGGGGAUGUACACGCGGGUUACAGCCUGCAAGCAAAAGCUUGCCGUGCCAUGUCGUUUCGUGUUUCUUUUUUGGCUAUUGAAACGAAACACCCUGUUUCCGGGUAAUAUUAUUACCAUCGCUAUUGAGUGUGGUUACAAGCCCAGGAGUAGGCCUCAAAGGAAAUAAUGCAAACGGAAGGUCAAUAUUUUUAUUUACUUUCCUUUUUCUUUUUCUUUUAAAUGCUUUGCCACAGCAUGGCUCUCAAUUCUCUUGCAAAGCA